AUGGAAUACGCUGUUGCAACCGUAGGACUACUACUCGUCGUCCUGAUCAUUCCUCAAGGAUACCAUUGCUCACGACAAGUUCCACCGAAGAUAUCGCCCUUCUCAUUUCCAAACAACGCGACCGUCGGCCAAAGGGGGACGGCGACCUGCACGGCCACGGAGGGCGAUCAGCCGCUCACCUUCCGCUGGCUGAAGAACGGACGGCGCAUAGACGUCGGGGACUCCUCCACAAUUACUGACAACGCCGAUUUCUCCGUGCUCAAGAUACAGUCGCUGGACGUGAAUAGCUCCGGCAACUACACUUGCGUCGUGAGCAACCUCGUCGGCUCCGCGUCCCGAUCUGCCACGCUCACCGUUCACGGACGUCAAAGCCAGGAGGAGCGCCUACAGUCCAGCAAUGGAACGCUGAUACUGACGACAACAAGCAGGAGCGACAACGGUGAAUACAAGUGUGAGGCCAGCAACGGGAUCGGACAGUCCCUACAAAAGACAGUCACCGUGACCGUUAAGCCUAUGCUCCUGAACAGUCUGUCCGCAGUUGUGGUCAUCAUACUCUCCGGAUUCACGUCGGCUAAGCCUACCGUGCCACCCAGGAUUACGCCGUUCAGUUUCGCGACCAAACUAGUUGCCGGCCAAAGGGCAACCGUGACAUGCUCCACUUACGAGGGUUCCCAGCCACUGACGUUUGUGUGGCUCAAAGACGGAUCUGUCCUCUCCAAGGGCGAGAACGUAGAAAAAAGCGAAGGAGAGGCUCACUCGACGCUCAGCAUAAGUCCCCUGUCGCCGCGAAACAGCGGUAACUACACGUGCGUGGCCAGCAACGCGGCAGGCUCAGACUCCGCAUCCAGUUCGCUCAUAGUUUACGCUCCGCCAAAGGUUCUACCCUUCGUCAUACCGAAGAACCUACUGGUCGGGGAGAGCGUAAGCUUCAUUUGUUCGGCUGCGUCGGGCAGCAAACCGCUGAAGUUUGUGUGGAUAAAGGACGACGCUACGGUACACCGUGGAACUGCCCUAAGAAUAACGGACAGUGCGGACUACUCGACGCUCACCAUUGAAAGCUUGAAAACGAGCGAUGCUGGAAAUUACACGUGCGUUGUGAGCAACUCUGGAGGAACAGUAUCGCACUCGGACGUCCUGCAUGUCAAAGUGGAGCCUGCAGACGUCACCGUUACAGCCGGGGACGCCAUCACGCUAAAAUGCAACGGGACCGGCUUUCCGCCGCCAAAAAUUUCGUGGACGAAAGAAGGUGUACAGGCAUCCGAGAAUUCCGCAGACGGUGUCAUCCAGAUAGCAUCGGCCUCCAAGAAGGACGAAGGCCACUACAAGUGCCACAUCUCGAACGACAUAGGGGCCGACCUCUACAAAACUGUCACGGUGACAGUGAAGUUGUCGACGAAAAUCUCUCCCUUCAUAUUCUCCAAGAAUCUGUUGGUUGGAGAACGGACGAGCGUUAUGUGCGCAACGACGUCUGGAGACCAGCCCUUCAGGUUUUCUUGGAUGAAGGAUGGAAGGCCGCUGCAGCAAAGUACGAAGAUCAACGUAGCCAGCAACCCGCAGUACUCGGCGCUGACCAUAGACAAGCUGGACCUCAAAGACGCGGGAAAUUACACCUGUUCGGUCAGCAACGCACACGGAACGGUAUCCUACACGGACACGUUAGAAGUAAGAGCUCCACCAACGUGGGUGGCGGAGCCCGUCGACGUCCACGUCAAGUCUGGUGAAUCUGUUGAGAUACCGUGCAAAGCGGAAGGAUUUCCACCGCCCUCUACAACGUGGCUCAAGAACGCACCUCCAAAGAUUCUUCCCUUUGCGUUUCCACGCACGCUGACCGUCGGAGAAACGACCACUCUGACGUGCACAACUACGGCCGGUGAUGAGCCUUUCAAGUACCUGUGGCUCAAAGAUGGCUCGGUUGUGCAUCCGGGAGUUAACGUCAAGAUUGUGACAUCGCCCGAGUUUUCGGUGUUCAAGAUCGACAAGCUGACUCUAGAGAAUGCCGGGAAUUACACCUGCGUCGUCAGCAAUGCCGGAGGAACAGUGUCCCAUGCGAGCACCUUGGAGAUUAGAGUGCCCCCGUCCAUACCACCUUUUCAAUUCCCGAAGAACCUCGAAGUGCAGCAACGCAUAAGCGUUAUAUGCACUAUAUCGGUCGGAGAAAAGCCGCUGCAAUUCGCCUGGCUCAAGGACGGCUCCGCACUGGCCAGCGGCUCGAGGAACGUCCGCAUCGUAGAUAAUGCCGAGUCUUCUACGCUGCACAUCGACGUGCUUACGCUCGAAAGUGCCGGAAAUUACACCUGCUCGGUGACCAACAAGGCUGGAUACACAUCUUACACGGCUCCACUGGCAGUUCACGGUGAUGAAACGCCAGUCACGGGGGCCCAGAAGGAUGGCCACGGAGCGUCCAGUAUCCUUAUCCGCAAUGUCGCGCCCAAGAUUCAACCUUUCUCGUUCCCUGCGACGCUGAACGUGGGGGAAAGGAGCGGGACGCUAUGCAUCGUCACGGCGGGAGACAAGCCACUCACGUUCUCGUGGUUCAAAGACGAGUCUACGCUGACCACUAACGAUAACGUCAAGGUGACGAGCAACGCGGAGUUCUCGAACCUCAAUUUCGGAUCUCUGGAAGCGACACACAUCGGAAACUAUACUUGCUCCGUCAGAAACAGCGUAGGAUCAGCAUCGUUUACUGCUUUCCUCGCAGUGCACGCGCCGCCGUCGUGGACGGAAGCUCCGGGUGACAAAGAACUCACUGCAGGAGAAACCGGUAGCCUUACGUGUAAAGCGAAGGGAUUUCCAAGCCCGACCAUACGCUGGUUCAAAACAGAGAAGCCGAAGCUCCAGCCUCUGGUGUUCACACGCAGCCGAAUUCGCACCGGCGAGAGUGCCAGUGCGUUGUGCGCUUUGGUGGCCAGCGACCACGACGUGAAGUUCAGGUGGUUCAAGGAAAACGUCGAGAUAGGUGGUGCCGUGCCUAAUGUGAAAGUGAAGAACGACAAAAAGGUGUCUGUGCUUACCGUCGAGCCCGCCACCCUCCAAAGCGCCGGCAACUACACCUGCACGGCGGAGAACAAUUACGGCCACGAUGCCAACUCUGCCACGUUAGUCGUCGAAGAACCCGGAAAGGAUGCCAGCAAGACAUCAAUAGCCACUGCAAGCGGCUCGACAGCGUUGAUUGUGCCAAAAACUGCUAAGGACGUCGAAGGGAAAUACGUCUGCGAGGCGGACAACAGCAUUGGCACGGCCCUGAAGAAAAUAGUGUUCGUUAAAGUCAAGUCUCCACCUGUGUGGAUAAGUGAGCCUCGAGACGUGUCCGCCGUAAGUGGAUCGAACGUCACCGUACAGUGCAUGGCAAGCGGAUCGCCGCCUCCGAAGAUGACGUGGACCAGAAGCAAAGAGCCGCCAAAGGUGAAUCCUUUCUUGUUCACCAAGACACUAUCCGAAGGACAGAGCACAGCGGUAACAUGCACCGUCACACAGGGCUCCAAACCAGUGCAGCUUCAGUGGCUCAAAGAUGGGCACGAGGUCGUCGGUAGCGGUGCUGUGAAGCUCAUCAAGCACGAAACGAUAGUAGUGCUCUCCAUCGAGCCCGUCAAAGUUGCGGAUUCCGGAAACUACACCUGUGUGGCUCGGAACGAGUACGGAUACGAUCGCUACACCUCAGCGCUGCAAGUGAAUGCGCCACCUAAAUGGGAAGUGGAACCUCAAGAUGUGGUCCUCAAGCGAGGGGAGACCGUGGAACUUCAGUGUAAAGCCGUGGGAUACCCGCUACCUGACGUCAGGUGGCUCAAAGAAGGUACCGAGUUGAAGAGGCUUUCAGAAGACAGGGCCCAAGUCCUGCAGAACGGAACGCUGGUCAUCCGGAACGCCACGAGCGAAGAUAGCGGCAAAUACUCUUGCCUGGCAUCCAACGGAAUCGGCGCUGCCUUGACGAAAACGUUGUCCGUGCUCGUGAAGAGUAAGCCGGCAUUCGGAUCUUACAACAGCCACUACACGUCACCAAAUACGUCAGUUAUAGCGUCAGCGUGCUCUGAAAGUCUUUCUCAAGCUUCAGAGAUCCAAUUUUAG